UCCCAGGGAGCCGCGGGCGGGCGCGGCAGGGUCAGGUGGCGCCCAACAUGGCUCCGCCGUGCCGCGGCGCCUUGCGCGGCCGCUGAGCGCGCUCGGGGCGGCGGCGGGGCCAUCAUGCAGAAGAUCAAGUCGCUGAUGACCCGCCAGGGUCUAAGAAGUCCUCAGGAGAGUGUUAAUGACCUCAGUCCUAUUGAAAACUUUCGGACUCUUACUAAGGAGGAGCUCAGAGAACUACAUGAAGAACCAGCUGAUCCUCAGGCACAACAAGAAAUAAUUAACAGCAUUGAAGAAGUUUAUUUUUCCAAUGACUCCUUUGAUAUUGUGAAGUAUGAGUUAGAGAGGCUUCCUCCAGUACUUAGUCUUCAAGAACUAGAAGAGUACAGAGACAAACUAAUACAACAGCAAGCUGCUGUAUCUAAGAAAGUUGCAGAUUUAAUCCUUGAAAAACAGCCUGCAUAUGUUGAGGAACUUGAACGUGUUACAUCAUUGCAGAAUGGCCUUCAGCUAGCAGCAGUUAUUUGCACAAAUGGAAGAAGACACCUGAAUAUAGCAAAGGAAGGGUUCACACAAACUAGUUUGGGGCUCCUUGCAAAUCAGAGGAAACGACAGUUGCUUAUUGGACUGCUAAAAUCUCUGAGAACAAUAAAAACACUGCAAAGAACUGAUGUGCGUUUGAGUGAGAUGUUGGAGGAAGAGGAUUAUCCAGGAGCUAUUCAACUGUGCUUGGAAUGCCAGAAAGCUGCCAGCACUUUCAAACACUACAGUUGUAUAAGUGAGUUAAAUUCAAAACUGCAAGACACUUUGGAACAAAUAGAGGAACAAUUGGACGUAGCACUUUCCAAAAUAUGCAAGAAUUUUGAUAUCAAUCAUUAUACAAAGGUUCAGCAGGCUUACAGGCUGCUUGGAAAAACACAGACAGCAAUGGACCAGUUACAUAUGCACUUCACCCAAGCUAUUCACAACACUGUGUUUCAAGUAGUUCUUGGAUAUGUGGAGCUGUGUGCCGGAAACACAGACACCAAGUUUCAGAAGUUACAGUACAAAGACCUCUGUACACACAUUACCUCAGACAGCUACAUUCCAUGCCUUGCUGAUCUCUGCAAAGCCCUUUGGGAAGUCAUGCUCAGUUACUACCGGACCAUGCAGUGGCAUGAGAACCACGACCAAGAUGAGGCAGCAGUUGUGUCUUCUGUUUCAGAUGGCAACAAUGUGAUUGGAACUGAAGAGAACAGUUUUGACCGCAACUAUGUAAAAAAGAAAUUGGAGCAUGGGCUUUCACGAAUAUGGCAGGAUGUUCAAUUGAAAGUGAAAACGUAUCUUCUGGGAACAGAUCUGUCUAACUUCAAAUACGAUGACUUCAUAUUUGUACUUGAUGUUAUCAGCAGGCUGAUGCAGGUUGGAGAAGAAUUUUGUGGCAGUAAGUCUGAAGUUUUGCAAGAAUCUAUCAGAAAACAAAGUGUUAACUAUUUCAAAACAUACCACAGAACCCGUCUUGAAGAACUAAGAAUGUUUUUGGAGAAUGAGACCUGGGAACUUUGUCCUGUUAAAUCCAGCUUUAAUAUUUUGCAGCUUCAUGAAUUUAAGUUCCUGGAGCAGUCGCGGUCCCCGUCGGUGUCACCAAGCAAGCAGCCUGCCUCAGCAGUUUGCUCGACGGGGACGCUGUUCCAGCAGUACUGCGCCGCAGGAAACCCCUUCGAGAUCCAGGCCGACAGCAAGGAUGAUGAGACAGAAGACGUGUUAGCUUCCAAUGGGUAUGAAUCAGAUGAACAAGAAAAAAGUGCCUAUCAAGAGUAUGAUAGUGACAGUGAUGUUCCUGAAGAGUUGAAAAGAGAUUAUGUGGAUGAGCAGACAGGAGAUGCCCCAAUAAAAAGUGUUUCUCGAGAAACUCUGAGGAGCAGAAAGAGAUCAGAUUAUAACCUCAAUAAAGUGAAUGCACCUAUUCUAACCAACACUACACUGAAUGUAAUAAGGCUUGUUGGGAAAUACAUGCAGAUGAUGAAUAUUCUGAAACCUAUCGCAUUUGAUGUGAUCCACUUCAUGUCCCAGCUCUUUGAUUACUAUCUGUAUGCAGUCUAUACAUUUUUUGGCCGAAAUGACAUGCCCAUACCAGCUUCCUCACUCUGUGCUUCUAACAGAGAACAGCACAGUGGUAGGCAGUUUGAAUCAACAGGACUGGGCCUCAGUAGCAGCAGAUUACGCACCACACUGAACAGAAUCCAGGAGAGUCUGAUUGAUCUGGAGGUGUCUGCUGAUCCUUCAGGAACUCUCACAGCUGCUGAAGAGAGAAAAGAGAAGGUGCCAAGCCCACAUCUCAGUCAUCUUGUAGUUUUGACAUCUGGCAAUUCGCUGUAUGGCUUGGCAGAGAGAGUGGUGGCCACGGAAUCCUUGGUAUUUCUGGCUGAGCAGUUUGAAUUUCUUCAGCCUCAUCUUGAUGCAGUGAUGCCAGCUGCCAAGAAGCCUUUUCUUCAGCAGUUCUAUUCUCAGACAGUGUCAACUGCAAGUGAACUACGUAAACCAGUUUAUUGGAUUGUUGCUGCUAAAGCCAUUGAUUAUGAACAGAUGCUUCUUCUCAUGGCUAAUGUGAAAUGGGAUGUGAAGGAAAUCAUGUCACAGCACAACGUAUAUGUAGAUGCUCUUUUAAAGGAAUUUGAAGAAUUUAACAGGAGGUUGAAUGAUGUGUCUAAGAGAGUCCGUAUUCCAUUGCCAGUCUCCAACAUCCUUUGGGAGCACUGCAUACGCUUGGCCAAUAGAACUCUUGUGGAAGGUUAUGCCAAUGUAAAGAAGUGCAGCAAUGAAGGACGUGCCUUGAUGCAACUGGAUUUUCAGCAGUUCUUGAUGAAACUAGAAAAGUUAACAGACAUUAGGCCUAUUCCAGAUAAAGAAUUUGUGGAGACCUACAUUAAAGCAUACUACCUGACAGAAAAUGAUAUGGAAUCCUGGAUAAAAGAACAUAGGGAAUAUUCCACUAAGCAGUUGACCAAUCUGGUGAAUAUUUGUCUGGGCACCUACAUCAACAAAAAGGCAAGACAGAAGCUGCUAGCUGCCAUUGAUGACACAGACAGGCCUAAGAGAUAACUGGAGAAAGCUGCUUUCUUUCUGACUUGUACCUUUUUCUGUUCAUGUAAAGCACGCAGACAUUUCUCUCGUGGACUAAUGACAACAUUAGAAAUGUUGUGCAUGACCUUUCUUAGCAACAUUGGAGGCACUCUGAAGUGACAAUGUUCUAAAAUAUGAAUUUUCUAAUCUGUAGAAUUGUUUUCUGUUGCAUUUCUUUUUUCUUUUUUUGGUUUUUUUUUUUUUGGUUACUUGCCCUUAGUAAAGGGCCACUGUGUAUCAUUGAUGAGCUAUAUGUUUUACAAAAGUGUAUACUGUAAGUAAAAUCAAAAUCAUAGAGAAACACAAUGGCUUAAUUUAUCAUUGAUGCCCUUUUUAAAUAAAAGGGCUACUUGAAAAUAUGAUUUCUUUCCUCCCUGCUUUCACCUCCAGAAAUUGUGCUGUAUUAUAGUCCAGUGUAAAGUGAAAGGAGAUGUAUAAUAAUUUGAUCUAUGUAUCCAGCAUGUGGAUUAAGAGUGCAGAUCAACUAAGUACUCUCAUAUUAGAGCCCAUCAUUUUCAUAUGUAUUUAAAAAUGUCUCUUUAUUUCAGAAUUAAUUUAGUCAUAUCAAAAUUAUUGACUUCAGAUUAAUAGAAGAUAAUAAACAUUGUAUGCUAAUAUGA